ACCCACCAGCAUAACCUCCAACCCACCCUCCUCUCUCCUCUCUCCACUAACACCCUCGCCCACAGGCCUCGUCGCUCCUCUCCCUCCUCUCCUCCGACGAGCGCGACACCGUCACGCGCAAGCACUUCCUGCGCGACGCGCGCAUGAGCCUCGCCUCCGCGCUGCUCAAACGCGCCUUCAUCGCGCACCGCCUGCACGCCCCAUGGCGCGAUAUCGCCUUCGCGCGCGCCCCGGACCCCGUCCACGGCAAGCCCUGCUACGUCGCCCCGGACGGGACGCCCGUCCCUGAUGUCACGUUCAACGUGUCGCACCAGGCGGGGCUGGUUGCGCUGGUGGGGUGGGGGAGGAGGCCUGCUUUUGGUUCUACCGCCAAUGCUACUGCCGGUAGCGGUAGUGGUGGUGCUGGUGGGAGUAAGGGUAGGGUCACUGAUGUGGAACUAGGCGUCGACGUCGUCUGCGUCAACGAGCGCAACGACUACCGCACCAUCGACGGCUCGCCCACCGGCUUCGCCGCCUGGCUAGACAUCUACGCGGACUUCUUCUCGCCCGCAGACCUCGCGGCCAUGAACACGCUCCCGGGGUCCACGGUUCUGCAGCUCCCGGACGGGACGACCAUUCUCACGUCUGAGGUUGGGGCGGAGGCGCUGGAGAGCUGCUGUUCGAGGGGAGUGACGCUCCGCGCGAGGCGUGGGGGUAGUGAUGGGGAAGGGGGGACAGAAGUGCACUUCCUAUCCGACGUCAUCGUAGAGGAGAAAUUGCGCCUCUUCUACACGUUCUGGUGCCUUAAGGAGGCGUAUAUCAAGUUGACUGGGGAGGCGAUGCUGGCGGGCUGGUUAAGGGAGGUCGAGUUUAGGAAUGUGAGGGCUCCUAGGGCGGCCGCGGCGCCCAACUCCCCCUGGGGCGAAAAAGUACAAGACAUACACGUCUACCGGCAGGGCGCGCUAGUCGCAGACGUCAAGCUCUCGAUCCAGGCGUUCGAGGCGGACUACAUGGUUGCGGUGGCGGUGCGGGGCGUGCCUGAGGCUGAGAUGCCGGCGGAGGCGGUGCAGAGGGUCGCGCUGGAGGAUGUGCUGCGUUUUGUGGGUGGGGCGUAGGUAGUGUGUUGAUGUGUUGGUGGGUGGGUUGGUGGGUUGGGCUUUUCUUGGUUUCUUUUUGUCUUUCUUUCUUUUUUUUUUUUUUUUUUUUUUUUUUUUUUUUUU